GGAAAAGACAGGCCGUUUCAACGGUCACAUCACACCAAACACGACUAGUUUCCCUGACGGUAUUAGUGGACUUGCUGAGAAGAUACAUGCUAUGAAUCUGAGCCUAGGUAUCUACAGCACUGCUGGCAAUGCUACAUGCGCUGGGUACCCGGCCAGCUUGGGCUACGAGACUGUCGAUGCAACAGACUUUGCGUCUUGGGGCAUCGACUACCUCAAGUACGACAAUUGCAACAUCCCUCAGAACUGGACAGAUCAAUACAUGUAUUGUACUCAAGACCGCGCCGACAUCAAUAUCACAGCCAACGGUACUUGUACGCAGCAACUCGACCCGGAUCUGGCUCCCGCUGGUUAUGACUGGGAGACGUCGAACACAUUCGACCGAUUUGCUCGCAUGAGAGAUGCACUUGCGCAACAGGAUCGUGAAAUCCUCUUCUCGCUCUGCAUCUGGGGUUAUGCCGAUGUUUUUGACUGGGGAAAUGAAACCGGCAUUAGCUGGCGUAUGUCAAGUGAUAUUGGACCGUACUGGAAUGCUGUCACCCGAAUCCUCAACAUCAACUCCUUCAAGAUGAACAGCACGAAUUUCUGGGGCCACAACGACGCUGAUAUGCUGGAGGUGGGGAACGGCAACCUGACCUUCGAAGAGACGAGGACUCACUUUGCCUUUUGGGCAGCAAUGAAAUCACCACUGCUGAUAGGAACGGACCUGACGAAUCUCUCGCAGACCAAUCUCGACCUGUUGAAGAAUGAAUACUUGCUGGCGUUUAGCCAGGACGACGUAUAUGGCGCACCUGCCACACCCUACAAAUGGGGUGCGAAUCCGGAUUGGACAUACGAUCCAUAUUCACCCGCAGAGUAUUGGGCUGGAGGGUCACAGAACGGCACUUUGGUGUUGAUGCUGAAUCCUCAGAAUGGGACAUCCGAGACCAAGGAGGCGAUAUGGUCGGAAAUCCCUGAAUUAGGUGACGGGCAGUAUGAAGUUACGGAUGUGUGGACCGGGCAGAACCUUGGUUGCCUCGCAUCAUUCUCCGCUGAAGUCGCAAGCCAUGAUACUGCGGCGAUCUUAGUCGGCGAUAAGUGCUGAGCUUGAUGCUUUGAUGAGCAUACAUGCGGCGCCAAGUACUGAUUCUGCACGGUCAGUCCGGCCGUCUAAUCGACUCUCACCGUGGUAAGACCCAAAAAUCACUUCGCAGAUAUCGCAGAUUUUUGGUUGUGG